AUGCAUCACUCUCUUUCACCAAUGUCAUCUCCUUCGUUCAAAAGGACAAUGGAUCCCAUCGAAUGGGAAAUACAACCAAAGCGAAUCAAGCUUGAUCAAAAGGCUUCUGCCAAUAUUGGGCUCCUAUCUCCCCCGGUUACACCUGAGAAAAAUGAUAGGAUUUUGAAUAUUCAGCCCGGUCCAGUGAAGUCACUGAACACGAAGCUGUUUGACACGAAAAGGCCUGCUUCCAUCUCUGUCUACUCCAAAGCAAAAGAGCUUUUUUUAAGGAGCGCUGAACUUGAUUUGGACCAAGGAUACGCCUUGGUCUCGAGAGAGAAGGAAGCUACUCUUCUAAGAGACCGUUUGGACCACUCGAUUUUGAACAUCGACUCCACGUCGAUCUACGUGUCUGGUCCCCCUGGAACUGGGAAAACUGCUCAAAUCAAUGCAGUUUUGAGCUCUCUCGUGGUUGGUGACAUCGAAAACGCGCAAAGCAGUAUAUUCAAGGUCCCUGUUAAAGUUGGAACGAAGCGCAUCAACCGCAAGGUGCGUAUUUCGAAGAUCAACUGCAUGACUGUUCGCAAAUCUGAAGAUAUCUUCGACGCGAUAUACAAUGACAUACAACCCAACGCAGACCGCAAGAAAAAGAGCCCAGCUGAGCUCAAGCAACUACUGGCAGACCAAUCAAAGUGCGAUAUCACAAUCAUCAUCUUGGAUGAGAUGGAUAACCUGAUGGGCAGAAGUCAGCAAGUGCUCUUUGAACUAUUUUCUUGGGCUUCAAACUUAGCAGGGGAUAAUCCAAAAAUUGUAAUUAUUGGAAUUGCCAAUGCUCUCGACCUCACCGACCGGUUUUUACCUCGUCUGAAGAGUAACAACAUAAGCCCUGAUGUUAUUCCUUUUCUUCCGUACACAGCGGAACAAAUCCAAAAAGUCAUCACUGCCAAACUACAAAGUUUAACCGACUCGCAAACAACUUCAGUUCCUUUAAUACACCCUGCUGCUAUUCAACUAUGUGCCAGAAAAAGUGCCACAACUACAGGUGAUCUCAGACGUGCAUUUGAUAUCGUCCACUGCGCUCUCGAUCUUACUGAACGUAUACAAUUACAGAGACUCGGAACUGAGGGGUUGAGCCAAUUGACGUUGGCUGAUGCCCCAAAAGUCAUGAUCGCACAAUUGGCCAAAGUCUGCAACACUUUUCUCAGUGCUAAUCCGAAUGCAAAAUUGCAAAACUUGAACAUCCAGCAUAAAACCGUUUUAUGCACAUUAAUCCGUUACGAUGAAGUGUUGAAAGCUCAAAAAUCAAAAACUGGAGCUUCGAUCAACUCAUUUUAUUCAUUCUACAGCUCCCAACAGGAAGUGCGCAAAGCUGUCGGUAUUCUUAAUAGAGGCGAGUUUCUGGAAGUGCUAAGUUCGCUGGAAUCGGACUCGCUUGUGAAUAUCGCCUCGAUCGCAAAUACCAAAAUGCAUUCAACCUCUAAAAUCAAGGGUCCAAUUAGCUACGGAGACUCCAAACUUUCUUCAAGCGUCCAGAAGAUGGAUGCUCUGAGAACGGUUGACGAUAUUGGUGUCUUGAAGAAGAUUCUGACCUGCACAAAUGAUCAAUAA